AUGAGUACCGAAGUACAAGAAACAGGGAUGCUGGAUGUAGGAACACAUUGUGCCUAUUGUCGACAGAUAGAUUUUUUACCAUUUCAUUGUAAAUAUUGUGAUAGUGAUUUUUGUUCUAAACAUAGAUUAAAAGAAGAUCAUCAUUGUUCUUCUUUAAUAAAUUCUACAAAUGUUAACAAUAAUACUAGUAAUAUUACUCCAAAUAAAAGUGAUGGUGGUAAAUUUUUUAGAAGUCUUUUGCCUCAAAGAUCACAUGUUCGUUUGCAAAAUUCUAACUCUACUAUAAAUCAAAACAAUGAUAAAUCUCCAACUAUUAAAUCAACUUUAAAUAAAUCAUCAUUAGAUAAAUUACUAAAAUUUUUCAAAUCAAGACAAAAGAAACCAAUUAUUAAAUCAAGAUCUGCUUCAAAAAUUACUCAAUUAGCGCAAUUGAAAAAAGUUGCAAAGGGUGACUCUAAGAUCCCUGAACAAAAUAAAAUAUAUUUGUUUGCAACUGUAAUAGAUGAUGAUAUUAAUACUUCAAAGGAAAAUGUUCCAGUAUAUAUCAAUAAGAUGUGGCCCGUUGGAAGAGUAUUAGACUCGGUGGCUAAUCUUUUAGGGGUGAAAAAUAUUAAUAUUAAAGUUGAUACAUCUUUAGGGGAAAAAUUAUUCAUUUAUAAACAAACAGGACCUCAAGGUACCAUACAUCAAUUAGAGACCGGUUCGAGAGCUGUAGAUACAUUUAGCAAUAUGGAUAACAUAUUUAUUAUUAGAGGUACCGAAGCAUAG